GCGGAAUUUAUGAAAGCUAUCUACGAAUUUUCCCGACUGCAACGGAGGAAAUGAGCCUGUACACGCGGCACGAGAGGCCGACGCUGGGACCGGCGUCUGCGGCGAAGAAGCGCCGCGAACUCACAGAGGACGAGCGCCACGAAAUCAAGGAGGCGUUUGACCUCUUCGACACAGACAAGGAUGGCUGCCUCGACUACCACGAGCUCAAGGUUGCAAUGAGGGCCCUCGGGUUUGACGUGAAGAAGACAGAGGUGCAGAAGAUUAUGCGCGAGUACGACCGUGAUGGCACCGGCCUCAUCUCAGAACAAGAUUUCAACGCUGUUGUUGGUGACCGCAUCUUGGACCGCAACCCGAUUGAAGAGGUGAUGAAGGCGUUCAAGCUGUUUGAUGAGGACCAAACGGGCAAGAUCAGCAUCGGCAACCUCAGAAGGGUUGCAAGGGAAUUGGGAGAGGACAUUCCCGAUGAUGAGCUUAAGGCGAUGAUUGAGGAGUUUGACCAGGACAACGACGGAGAGAUCAACGAGGAAGAGUUUCUGUCGAUUAUGACUGCCGACUUCUGAACCCUGCCCCACCAUGUCUCCGUGAACCAGUUGGCAUAGACGGGUCUUAUUCUUUCUCUUAUGUGUGAUGCGACACGUUGCGUUUUCUGUGUGCAUGUGCGUAGCUACGUUUUUCGCGCCACUUUUUGCACCUUGCUUGUGAUGUUCGUUCCUGGCCGGAUGUACCUGCUGUUGUGUUCACUGCUGGUUUUGUUUCCGUGUUUGAGUGCGUAUGUGCCAUGCCAUGGGCUGCCAUCACUGCCGGUUGAUUGCACUUACCAUUUCGUUGCUUUCCUUGCUUCUUGCAUCUUUGUCUUCGUCGAGAAAGCGUCUCAGCACAACACAACUACAAUGAUCAAGCAAGCAAGCAAAAGCAAAAGCAACCUUGGUCACAACUACGUCAUCACACACACACACACACUCACUCACACACACUCUCUCUCUCUCGCCG